CAAUUCACUCGAUACGUAAGUACGUGCAUAAUGUAUGCAUAGGGUUAUAUUAUGCACGAGCAACAAAUUUGCGCGUCAGUCCGUGCAACGCUCAUCCAGACAAUAAUCUUCGCGGCUUAUCGCUCGUCGGCCGUUGGCAAUUGCAAUUCCGGAGUCUCUUUCGCGAUAUAUACCAUAGACAAUACACAGCAGUCGCUCUAUUCUAUCCCACUGUUUAAUGUAAAGGCUUUAUCUUCUUGUGCCACCACACCGUCGCUCGCGCAAACUUUCACAAAAUUUUGUACGUGGCUUUUCUGUGCUAUAUAAUAUACUCGCGGGCGCCCUUUCACCCAUAUAUAUACUUCAUAUAUACUCGCGUUAUUAUACGUUGCAAUAAGGCGAGAGGAGUGUAUUACAAUUCCGCGCGCAGUAUAGUGAACAUUCAGACGUCCGCGUUCGCACGCGAUCGUACGAAAUAUCGCUUUAUUAUCAAUAUUAUUUUCGUAUAUGUCAUCAGGUUAGGGCUGCGUACGAGUCACACGGGUGAGUGCCGUAUAUACGUAUAAUUACGAAUUCGAGUGUUUCGAUGAAAAAAAUCAAGUUCGUGUAAGCAAUAUCGCGGCCUUAUCCUCACCUCUCUCUGUACACAUAGGCUACGCAUUAUCUCGAGGCUCGCUCGCAAAAUCGAGCGUCGUCGCGCAUCAGUGCUGUGCAGUACCACGGCGAUAUAUAGGCAGGCACUGGUAUACAGCAGACUCCGUGCGCCGCGCUCCCGACGACAGUCUCUUCUGGCGCAGUGAUCUGGCACAUAUUAUACACACAUUUUAUAGGCUCGAGAGCUCUGCGCUAGUCUCUCGCAGCACAUGGGUGCUAGUAUUAUUGUUUUCUAAAAGUUCUAGCUAAAGCAAGCGCAGUACAAAAUGUUCAGCUGGCUAAGUAGAGAAGAUAGCAGCAAACAAGAGCUGUUUGACAAUGUCACCGAAGGGCUCAAAAAGAUCUACAAAACUAAAUUGUUGCCUCUCGAGCAGGCUUAUCAAUUUCAUGAUUUUCACUCUCCACAACUAGAUGAUGCUGACUUUGAUGCCAAACCAAUGAUACUGCUCGUUGGUCAGUACUCCACGGGUAAAACAACAUUCAUCAAAUAUUUACUGGAAAGAGACUUCCCUGGUAUUAGAAUAGGUCCUGAGCCUACUACGGACAGGUUUAUUGCUGUUAUGUUUGAUGAGAAAGAAGGUGUUAUACCUGGUAAUGCUCUGAUCGUCGACCCUCAAAAACAGUUCAGGCCGCUCACCAAGUUUGGAAAUGCUUUUCUUAAUCGAUUCCAAUGCUCCAGUGUAAAUUCCCCUGUACUCAAGGGUAUCUCAAUUGUUGAUACUCCUGGAAUUUUGUCUGGAGAAAAACAAAGGGUUGACAGAGGAUAUGAUUUUACAGGAGUUUUAGAAUGGUUUGCAGAACGUGUAGAUAGAAUUAUUCUUUUGUUUGAUGCUCACAAACUUGAUAUUUCUGACGAGUUCCGACGCUCUAUCGAAGCUCUCCGAGGACACGAUGAUAAAAUUCGAAUUGUUCUUAACAAAGCUGACAUGGUUGACCAUCAGCAACUCAUGCGUGUUUAUGGCGCACUUAUGUGGUCUCUUGGAAAAGUUUUACAAACGCCUGAAGUUGCUCGAGUAUAUAUAGGCUCAUUUUGGGAUCAACCUUUGAGAUAUGACGUUAAUAGGAGAUUAUUUGAAGAUGAAGAACAAGAUCUAUUCAAAGAUUUACGUUCAUUACCCCGAAAUGCUGCUCUUAGAAAACUUAACGAUUUAAUUAAACGAGCACGUUUAGCUAAGGUGCAUGCAUACAUAAUAAGCGCACUACGCAAGGAAAUGCCCAGUAUGUUCAAUAAAGAUAGUAAGAAAAAGGAGCUGAUUAAAAACUUAGGUCAAGUUUACGAUAAAAUUCAACGCGAACAACAGAUUUCUCCAGGAGAUUUUCCAGAUCUUAAAAAAAUGCAGGAAAAUCUAGCGCAUCAAGAUUUCACUAAAUUUAGCAUACUUAAACCUAGAUUACUUGAAAUUGUGGAUAAGAUGCUGGCAGAUGACAUUUCAAAACUAAUGGCUAUGAUACCCCAUGAAGAUACGGUUACCACAACAGAACCACACAUUAAAGGUACAAUAGCAGGUGGAGCUUUUGAAGGUGUUGAAGAUCAAGAAAGUCCAUUUGGUUACAAGAAAGGUGAAGGCAUCGACGCUGGUUCUAAUGAACCAGAAUGGAUAGUAAUGAAAGAAAAAUACAAAUACGAUUCGCUUUUUGAAACGCUUGGUCCAUCUGAUGGAAAAAUCACAGGAGCAGCUGCAAAAUCCGAGAUGAUCAAAUCAAAGCUGCCGAACACUGUAUUGGGAAAAAUAUGGAAAUUAUCCGACGUAGAUCGCGACGGCUACUUGGACGCUGAUGAAUUUGCACUCGCGAUGCACUUGAUCAAAGUUAAAUUAGACGGACACGAACUGCCAGUGGAUUUACCGGAUCAUUUAGUACCUCCGUCAAAACGUGAUUUGUGAAUGAAAUUUUUCGAAGACUUUACAACAAAUUGAUGAUUCUUUUGAACUCAUAUCAAUCAGUGACAAGUACUGAAUUCUCUUGUUUGAUAAAAAAAAUAAUAAACGAAAAAAUGAAUCACGGUAAAACUAAAUCAGUGAUAAGUACUGAAUUCUUUUGUUUGAAAAAAAAAUAAACGGAAAAAUGAAUCACGGUAAAACUAAAGUUUAUCGCGUGCAAAUUAUUUACAAGGACAAUGGCAAGUUACUAUUUUAUGUAAAUCUAUUUUUACAGAGAUCAAUUGUCCUUAAUUAUUUUUUAAUUCUAUUCAUGUGAUUGUGUACGUGACUGAUUGUGCGUGCAAUUGUCACAACUGUUGCGCGUAAAAUAGAUUCGUAUAUUAUACUAACGAGAUAAUUUUUGAACAGAAAAAAUUUAUAUUAUAUUAGCAGAAUUAAAUGAUAUAAGAUGGGUGUAUUUUAUAGAAAAUAUUCAACUCUUAAAAUUCUUUACUAUCUAUUUCUAUGGCUUAUUAUAUACGCAUUUUUCUACAUUGUAACGAAACAAUGUUCUUGGUCCAAAAAUCGUUGUAUCAAAAGUAUUGUCACAACAAGAAAAUUACACACAAAGUAUUAAGAACCUCGAGCAAAUGAAAUAUUUUUACACUACUAGACUCUUUCAGUCGACCAUAACUUUUUACAAUUAUACAUUCACUGUGACGGCAUGAAUUUUAAGCGCCAGAGUUGAAAAACGUUCGCGGCUUUUACGAGGCGUUUACUACAAACAAAUCAGUCAAAUAGACAAAUCUAAAAAAAAAUUCGGCAACGAAUACAGAGAGUAAGAAGGAUAUGUUUACAUAUCGAUAUACGUUAUAAUUCUUUGAAAAAUUUGAAAAAAAAAAAAAAUUUAUUUCACAUGAUUGUAAAUUUGAUUUACUUUUGUGAAUGCACAAAUAUUCUUGCAUGCGCUCGAAAAAGAGAUAAGUGUAAUUUUAUGAAUUAUUAAAAAAUUUAUUUCUAUGAAAAACUGAA